CUCAAGUUUAAAAUUAAUAUUUGCAUAGUAUGAAUGUGUUAAGAAAUUGUGUUAAAACGUGUCCUUUCCUCCUCUUUGAACAGAGCACAGAUGGGAGGUGCGGAAUUGUGAUGUAAUUCAGGAAUUUAAAGAGCUGCUGAAUGCUCUGUGAUUUAGUACAGGUACUCACACAGGAGGGAGGGAGACAAGAACUUCCUGGUUUCGGCUAUCAGGUUCAUGGGACUGUAGUUUUUGUUUUGAUUUUUUUUUUCUCUCUCACCUAAGGCAGAAAUCUCCUGGAGCGAGGUUCGAAAGUAGGGCCAGGGGGUUGGAGAACAGGUGCCUUGUCACUUUAUCGUACCUGGACACUAUGCCAUACAAGGACCUAAUAAAAUAUUGGCACGAAGGGGUUCUAGAAGCAGAUAAAAAGAAUUAUGAUUCAUCUCUCAAAAACUUUGGAAACAUUGACGACCCGCCAGCCAAGAUUUGGUUCAACAUUGGAUGCAUUCAUCUUCUGAAGGGCGAGCUGGAGCAAUCCCUGGAGGUAAGGGUUUAUUUACUAAACAGUGAACUUAAAACCAAACCAGGCUUGCUGUGUUUAUGUGCUACAUAUCUCAAUAAACAGACAGCAGAAUUAAAAAAUGUGAACUAAAACAUUCAACGUGAAACUAUAGCGGAGUUGGAGAAUUUUACCAAACUUGGUAUGUUUUUCCUACAAUUCAUUGUUUAGUGAAUACAUUCUUUUGUUUCCCUGAGUUGAGAGAUGACCUGCAAUGAUAACCUGUGGCUACAAGCCAGGGGACAUUCCAGGACACCUGUUUAUGGUGGGAUGGCCAUAAUUAUAACUAUGCACAGCUAGGGCAGAAAUAAGUGUAUUAAAAACUGAAGUGCAAAAUUUAGGCAAAAAGGGCUGAUUUCAAAAAAUUCUCCAUCUCUACUAUAUACCUGCUAAGUGUCCCUAUUUAGGAAGGGAAAUCCCUAUUUUGGGCCAAAUCCCUCUGUCUUUCUUUGUAUGCUGAUGUCCCUCUAUUCUAGGAGAUCCAUAUUGUUGAGGUGUCCGCGUGUAUAACAGAGCUCCACAGCAAUAAUACUCCCAGUAAUGUGUCUGAGUGUAUAACAGAGCUCCACAGCAAUAAUACUCCCAGUAAUGUGUCUGACUGUAUAACAGAGCUCCACAGCAAUAAUAUUCCCAGUAAUGUGUCUGAGUGUAUAACAGAGCUCCACAGCAAUAAUACUCCUAGUAAUGUGUCUGAGUGUAUAACAGAGCUCCACAGCAAUAAUACUCCCAGUAAUGUGUCUGAGUGUAUAACAGAGCUCCACAGCAAUAAUACUCCCAGUAAUGUGUCUGAGUGUAUAACAGAGCUCCACAGCAAUAAUACUCCCAGUAAUGUGUCUGAGUGUAUAACAGAGCUCCACAGCAAUAAUACUCCCAGUAAUGUGUCUGAGUGUAUAACAGAGCUCCACAGCAAUAAUACUCCCAGUAAUGUGUCUGAGUGUAUAACAGAGCCCCACAGUAAUAAUACUCCCAGUAAUGUGUCUGAGUGUAUAACAGAGCUCCACAGCAAUAAUACUCCCAGUAAUGUGUCUGAGUGUAUAACAGAGCCCCACAGUAAUAAUACUCCCAGUAAUGUGUCUGAGUGUAUAACAGAGCUCCACAGCAAUAAUACUCCCAGUAAUGUGUCUGAGUGUAUAACAGAGCUCCACAGCAAUAAUACUCCCAGUAAUGUGUCUGAGUGUAUAACAGAGCUCCACAGCAAUAAUACUCCCAGUAAUGUGUCUGAGUGUAUAACAGAGCUCCACAGCAAUAAUACUCCCAGUAAUGUGUCUGAGUGUAUAACAGAGCUCCACAGCAAUAAUACUCCCAGUAAUGUGUCUGAGUGUAUAACAGAGCUCCACAGCAAUAAUACUCCCAGUAAUGUGUCUGAGUGUAUAACAGAGCCCCACAGUAAUAAUACUCCCAGUAAUGUGUCUGAGUGUAUAACAGAGCUUCGCAGCAAUAAUACUCCCAGUAAUGUGUCUGAGUGUAUAACAGAGCUCCACAGUAAUAAUAGUGCCAAUAAUGCGUCUGAGUGUAUAACAGGGCUCCACAGGAAUAAUACUCCCAGUAAUGUGUCUGAGUGUAUAACAGAGCUCCACAGCAAUAAUACUCCCAGUAAUGUGCCUGAGUGUAUAACAGAGCUCCGCAGCAAUAAUACUCCCAGUAAUGUAUCUGAGUGUAUAACAGAGCUCUACAGCAAUAAUACUCCCAGUAAUGUGUCUGAGUGUAUAACAGAGCUCCACAACAAUAAUACUCCCAGUAAUGUGUCUGAGUGCAUAACAGAGCUCCACAGCAAUAAUGCUCCCAGUAAUGUGUCUGAGUGUAUAACAGAGCUCCACAACAAUAAUACUCCCAGUAAUGUGUCUGAGUGCAUAACAGAGCUCCACAGCAAUAAUACUCCCAGUAAUGUGUCUGAGUGUAUAACAGAGCUCCACAACAAUAAUACUCCCAGUAAUGUGUCUGAGUGCAUAACAGAGCUCCACAGCAAUAAUGCUCCCAGUAAUGUGUCUGAGUGUAUAACAGAGCUCCACAGCAAUAAUACUCCCAGCAAUGUGUCUGAGUGUAUAACAGAGUUCCACAGCAAUAAUACUCCCAGUAAUGUGUCUGAGUGUAUAACAGAGCUCCAAAGCAAUAAUACUCCCAGUAAUGUGUCUGAGUGUGUAACAGAGCUUCGCAGUAAUAAUACUCCCAGUAAUGUGUCUGAGUGUGUAACAGGGCUCCACAGGAAUAAUACUCCCAGUAAUGUGUCUGAGUGUAUAACAGAGCUCCACAGCAAUAAUACUCCCAGUAAUGUGCCUGAGUGUAUAACAGAGCUCCGCAGCAAUAAUACUCCCAGUAAUGUAUCUGAGUGUAUAACAGAGCUCUACAGCAAUAAUACUCCCAGUAAUGUGUCUGAGUGUAUAACAGAGCUUCGCAGUAAUAAUACUCCCAGUAAUGUCUUUAAAUGGUUACUUUAACUCUUUGGAGGGAGGGGAUAUUUUCUGUGUAAUAUGUCCUAUUGGACACUACGUAAAAGGUCCAUCCUCUCCAUGUGCAAUAAAAGCUAAAAAAAUAAAUAAUUUCUCACCUUGAAUCCAACACCGGGCGAAGCUGCCCACUAAUCUUCCACACGCCCUCCAACACCACAAGUGCCGUGCACCGUGCAAUCUCAGACCUACUCAUUGAGAAGCCUUUGAUUGGGCAUAUUGCUGGCUCAAAUGCAUGCGCUCGCUCCGGGCUGGAGAGGGGAGGUCAGGAAGUGGAGUGAGAGGGUUUUUUUGUUAAAAGAAAUCUGCCUGCAAUGGACGGAAGCGGGGAGGGAGGACCACACACUAGAAGGGGGAAGAUAUCUUCCCCUUGAUUUCGCUCCGCGAAAGGUCUGUUUUAGGUCUGUUGCCAGAGUGCAAUGCGCAGCGACAACAGAUGUAAUUUAUGCACAGAAUUGACGUUAGGAGUUCUGGGCUGCCGAUGUCACUUGUCCCGGGGGGGUUCAACUAGCCACCCGGAACACAGGUGCAAAUAACCCAGAAAGUGCAGUGUUUCAAGCAAAAACACUGCACAUACAUACUCCUACCACCAUGACCACUUCAAAUCACUGAAGUGAUCAUGGUGGAUAGAGUAACCCUGUAAACUGCAAUAAAUGUGUUUAGAAAUCAGUCUGUGUAAAUAAGAUACAUUGUUCUUCUAAGUUAUAUUUUAGUUUUAUAAAUUAUUAGUCACUAUGAAAUUUCUCAGAACAGCACUGCCCCUGGCCACAAUCACACUCAGAACAGCCACACCCAAGGCCAAACCCUCACUCACACUCAGAACAGCCCCGCCCCUGGCCACACUCCCACUCAGAACAGCCACACCCAUGGCCAAACCCUCACUCAAACGCAUAACAGCCCCACCCCUGGUCAUUCUCACACUCAGAACAGCUCCACCCCUAGUCAUCCCCCCACUAACCCUCAGAACAGCCACACCCCUGGUCAUCCCCCACUCACACUCAGAACAGCCCCAUCCUUGUCAUCCCCCCACUCACACUCAGAACAGCCCCAUCCUGGUCAUCCUCCCAUCACACUCAGAACAGCCCCACCCCUGGUCAUCCCCCCACUCAAACUCAGAACACCCCCACCCCUGCUCAUCCCCCCACCUACACUCAGAACAGCCCCAUCCUGGUCAUACCCCCACUCACACUCAGAACAGCCCUAUCCCGGUCAUCCCCACUCACACUCAGAACAGCCCCACCCCUGGUCAUCCCCACUCACACUCAGAACAGCCCAAUCUUGGUGAUCUCCCCACUCACACUCUGAACAGCCCCACCCCUGGUCAUCCCCCCACUAACCCUCAGAACAGCCCCACCCUUGGUCAUCCCCUCACUCAAACGCAUAACAGCCCCACCCCUGGUCAUUCUCACACUCAGAACAGCUCCACCCCUAGUCAUCCCCCCACUAACCCUCAGAACAGCCACACCUCGUCAUCCCCCACUCACACCUCUCAGAACAGCCCCAUCCUGGUCAUCCCCCAUCACACCUGUGAACAGCCCCCACCCCUGGUCAUCCCCCACUCAAACUCAAGGUAGAACAGCCCCAACCCUGCCUGGUCCCCCCACCCACACACACUCAGAACAGCCCCACCCCUGGUCAUCCUCACACUCAGAACAGCCCCAUCCCUGGUCACCCCCCACUAACCCUCAGAACAGCCCCACCCCUGGUCAUUCCCCCACUCACACUCAGAACAGCCUCAUCCUGGUAAUCUCCCACUCAGAACAGCCCCACCCCUGGUCAUCCCCCCACUCACACUCAGAACAGCCACUCAGAACACCCCCACCCCUGCUCAUCCCCCCACCUACACUCAGAACAGCCCCAUCCUGGUCAUACCCCCACUCACACUCAGAACAGCCCUAUCACCAAUUAAAUCCCCCCUCACACUCAGAACAGCCCCACCCCUGGACAUCCCCCACUCACACUCAGAACAGCCCCAUCCUGGUCAUACCCCCACUUACACUCAAAACAGCCCUAUCCCUGGUCAUCCUCACACUAACCCUCAGAACAGCCACACCCCUGGUCAUCCCCCCCCACUCACACUCAGAACAGCCCCAUACUGGUCAUCCCCCCACACACACUCAGAACAGCCCCACCCCUGCUCAUGCCCCCUACCCACACUCAGAACAGCCCCAUCCUCGUCAUACCCCCACUCACACUCAGAACAGCCCACCCUUGAUGUCCCCCCCACUCACACUCAGAACAGCCCCAACCCUGCUCAUUCCCCCACCCACACUCAGAACAGCCCCAUCCUGGUCAUACCCCCACUUACACUCAGAACAGCCCAAUCCCUGGUCAUCCUCACACUCAGAACAGCCCCACCCCUGGUCAUCCUCACACUCAGAACAGCCCCACCCCUGGUCAUACCCCCACUUACACUCAGAACAGCCCCAUCCCUGGUCAUCCUCUCACACUCAGAACAGCCCUAUCCCUGGUCAUCCCCCCACUAACCCUCAGAACAGCCACACCCCUGGUUAUCCCCCCACUCACACUCAGACCAGCCCCAUCCUUGUCAUCCCCCCACUCACACUCAGAACAGCCCCAUCCUGGUCAUCCUCCCAUCACACUCAGAACAGCCCCACCCCUGGUCAUCCCCCACUCAAACUCAGAACAACCCAGCCCUGCUCAUCCCCCACCCACCUCAGAACACCCCCCACCCCUGCUCAUCCCCCCCACCUACACUCCAGACAGCCCCAUCCUGGUCAUUACCCCCACUCACACUCAGAACAGCCCUAUCCUGGGUCAUCCCACUCCACCUCAGAACAGCCCCACCCCACCAGUGUCCCCACUCACCUCCAAGAACAGCCCCAUCCUGGUCAUACCCCCACUUACACUCCAAAACAGCCCUAUCCACAAGGGUCAUCCUCCACUCAGAACAGCACUGCCCCUGGCCACAAUCACACUCAGAACAGCCACACCCAAGGCCAAACCCUCACUCACACUCAGAACAGCCCCGCCCCUGGCCACACUCCCACUCAGAACAGCCACACCCAUGGCCAAACCCUCACUCAAACGCAUAACAGCCCCACCCCUGGUCAUUCUCACACUCAGAACAGCUCCACCCCUAGUCAUCCCCCCACUAACCCUCAGAACAGCCACACCCCUGGUCAUCCCCCACUCACACUCAGAACAGCCCCAUCCUUGUCAUCCCCCCACUCACACUCAGAACAGCCCCAUCCUGGUCAUCCUCCCAUCACACUCAGAACAGCCCCACCCCUGGUCAUCCCCCCACUCAAACUCAGAACACCCCCACCCCUGCUCAUCCCCCCACCUACACUCAGAACAGCCCCAUCCUGGUCAUACCCCCACUCACACUCAGAGCCAGCCACACCUGGUCAUCCCCCCCACUCCCGCACUCAGAACAGCCCCAUACUGGUCAUCCCCCACACUCCAGACAGCCCCACCCCUGCUCAUGCCCCCCCUACCCACCUCAGAACAGCCCCAUCCUGCGUCCUUACCCCCACUCACACUCAGAACAGCCCCACCCUUGGUCAUCCCCCCACCUCCAGAACAGCCCCAACCCUGCUCAUUCCCCCACCCACACUCAGAACAGCCCCAUCCUGGUCAUACCCCCACUUACACUCAGAACAGCCCAAUCCCUGGUCAUCCUCACACUCAGAACAGCCCCACCCCUGGUCAUCCUCACACUCAGAACAGCCCCACCCCUGGUCAUACCCCCACUUACACUCAGAACAGCCCAGCCCACCAGGUCAUCCUCACACUCGCAGAACAGCCCCACCCCUGGUCAUCCCCCACUAACCCUCAGAACAGCCCACACACCCUGGUCAUCCCCACUCACACUCAAGAACAGCCCCAUCCUUGUCAUCCCCCACUCACACUCAGAACAGCCCCCAUCCUGGUCAUCCUCCCAUCACACUCAGAACAGCCCCACCUGGUCAUCCCCCACUCAAACUCAGGAACAACCGAAGCCAUGCUCAUCCCCCACCCGCAUAAUUACACCCCCGCCCACCACUCAACCACACCUACCUCAGAACAGCCCAUCCUGAGUCCUUACCCCAACUCACACUCAGAACAGCCCAAUCCUGGGUGAUCCCACUCACCUCAGAACAGCCCCACCCUGGUCAUCCCCCCCACUAGCCCUCAGAGCAGCCACACACCUGAAUUCAUCCCCGCUCACACUCAGAACAGCCCCAUCUUGUCGUCCCCCACUCACACUCAGAACAGCCCCAUCCUGGUCAUCCUCCCAUCACACUCAGAACAGCCCCACCCCUGGUCAUCCCCCCACUCAAACCUCAGAACAACCAAAAGCCAUGCUCAUCCCCCCACCCACACUCAGUACACCCCCACCCCUGCUCAUCCCCCCACCUACACUCAGAACAGCCCCAUCCUGGUCAUACCCCAACUCACACUCAGAACAGCCCAAUCCUGGUGAUCCCCCCACUCACACUCUGAACAGCCCCACCCCUGGUCAUCCCCCCACUAACCCUCAGAACAGCCCCACCCUUGGUCAUCCCCUCACUCAAACGCAUAACAGCCCCACCCCUGGUCAUCCCCCCACUCAGAACAGCCCCACCCCUGGUCACCCCCCACUAACCCUCAGAACAGCCACACCCCUGGUCAUCCCCCACUUACACCUCUAAAAUCAAAGUGUCUGUCUCUGUCAUGUGAUAGGUUGGGCAGUGUGCUUCUACAGUUACAGCUUCACUACUUUAACCUACAUUUUACAAUUCACUUUUCUAUUCUCUGAGCUCCACAGGCGUAUUCUCUAAAGUGAAUAUUUAUUUAUUUAUUCGUUAAUAUAUUAAAGUUCCUACUGAACAAUUGAAAAGUGAAUGUACGUGCAAACAGGCUAUUUUAAUGACGAGAUCGAGUUCUACGUGCAUCAUUAACCAGCAGAUUAUUGGGUAACAGGAAUUCCCAAACUCACAGGACCUGAUUCAUUCACUGUGAAUAAUCAACUCUUACAGGGUUACUCAUAACAUCAGAAAAUCUGUGCAAGUGAAUAUAGUGUGUAAUGCAAGAUUUUUCAGUACAACUGAGCUUAUUAGCAAAAAUUAGUAAAGAGAUUGCAAAUUGAAGCACAAAAUAAUCGAGCUGGAAAAAUAACAAAUUUUUAGUGUAGUAUAAACCACAAUGUACAUAUGUGACAAGUGAGUGUAGAAUACAUGAUUAUACACAUAUGGUAAGUUGUUGAAUAUAAACUGAUCAAGUUACUCCUUCUAAUUCUGGCAGGACCUGCGAGUCCCUUAUUGUCCUGCUAUCUUUUCCUGCGAGACCCGACAUAUUUGCCAGAUUUGGGGACCUGCGUGUCCUCCUUUGAAAAUUGCGUAGAGAAUAGAAAUGAUACAAGGUUUUAUCAGCUCGCUACAGUGAGUCUCCAUAAAAGAUGACACACGGGGAGAAAGUCUAUAGGUAAAAAAAUAAAACGCCACAAAGUGAACUAUGUAUUGGAGACGGCAAUUAAAAAUGUGUCAACUUCACCUGAUAGGACACCAAAGGAAUAAUAAAGAGCAGAUAAAAAAAAAAAAAAAAUUAAGCAAAAAUCGCACUUGAAAAAGAUAAGUAAAUCCUUAAUUUUGUUAAUUUUAAUAGCAAAUGGGGCGGGGGGCACUUGUCUUUUAUUACGUACAGGGACAGAGAAGUGUUAGGAAUGCACAUUUUUAUUCUGAAUGCUUUAGUGUUCCGUUAUGGUUAGUAAAUAGGAGGAAUUUGGAGAAGCGCCUUAGGCAGGGAUCAUACCACUCAAGUGCAAUCAAGAGGAGCUGUUUUAGCCCCACCGUUUGUACGUCUGCACCUCUUCUUCUAAUUAAAGGAUUGUAUUACAUACUGCACUAUAUUGGUUUAUCUUGUUCUCCUGUCUUCCUGUUACAUACACCAUUGGAGAUUUUAUCAAGGCGCUACACCCAACUCCUCUUCACUACCUGCUCUUUCUGCUGGAUAGAGAGACUCCGGCCGGGGUUGUUUGAGCCGCCUUCUUCACAUUUUCAGUAUCUCCGCAUGCGCUGAACCCUAAUUUCUGUUGGUUCCUUUAAGAUUAACUGUAACCCAGGAGGAAUGCCUUUCAUUCAUAAUAUGAUAAUUAAACAUCUUUAGCCAAGUGCCAAAUAAUUUGACAGACUAAUACAGAGAAUAAUUUAAUCCAGCGGUUUAAGGUACUCCUAGUGAGAUUUGAAAAGUGUCUCUCAUGGGACCUUCGAUGGGAUAAAUGGUGAUAUUGGGGGAGAUGUACAAAGGUGUCGCCAACAGAAAAGUGAGGAAAAGUUCUAAAAGUUGAGCAAUCACCAUGAAAACCUAUGGAACGUACCUACUGAUUGCACAUGUUUCCAUGGUGGCUGCGAUGUGCUCUGCUCCAUUGUUCGAUUUGAAUUAAUCAGAACCUAGAUGGGUGAAGGGACACGAAGUACGGCAGGGCCGGCAGAGACAUGCCAAAUCCUGGCUCUUUCUUUUUCUAUUCAGCUGUGCUGGAGGCUGUGUCUCUGGAUAAAUCAGUGCUAUCCUUCAAGUUUUUAAUGUAGGUCUUACCUACCGUCUAUGUUCCGUAGGCAAGAGAGACGUUCAGUAGCCUUGAAAGCGUAGGCCAAGACUGAAGACUCCUCAUGGAUUGCCUCCAGAAUGUGCUAGAUAACUGACAGAGUGUGGUGUUGAGUGAAGUUAACUGUAUGAAUAGUUAUAUGCGUAAGAUUUAUUACUUCACUUUAAAAUUGAAUUGAAGUAAGGCUUUGGGGACCAGUACUGGACCAAGGCUAGAUUUACGUAUGAGAAGUGCAAUGCUUAGCACUGGAAAACCUUGCAGAAAAAUCUCUUCUGAAAUAACGUGUAACCUGGUUCAUCAUCUCAUUCUUUUACUUCCAGGCAUAUAAUAAAUCAGUUAUUAGGGACCCCUGUCUGGCUGUUGGGUAUUUCCAGAGGAGUUACGUAAACUACAAGUUACAAAGGUAAGAGUUUCUGAUUCACAGUUUGUACAGUUCUCUGCCUCGAGCUGGGUACACUAACCGAGUGUCACCCUCAUCAGCCAUUCAACACAUCUGAUUUAGCCAGGUUCACCCCAAUUUACAUUGUUACUGUUUGCUGAGUUUAAAACCAUCACUCCGAAUAGCCCUGUAUCCUUGGUCGUAGUUUGUAUUAUUUUAUGUGUAGUCCGGUGAGUGACGGGAUUCAACUAUUUAAUAACGUAUCACCGGCCAGCGAUAAUAAUCAAGGUGCCACUCAGAUUCAGAGCUUUCAUUGUCUUCUGAACAAGAAAUGUCAACAAAUUCUAGGGCUGCAUCAAAUAAAUACUGCUCCCUGUGUGCUUAAUGAGAACACAGUCAAUAUUGCGUAAUUCGGUGUAAUGAAACAUAUCAAGUGUCGAUCACACAGGGACCGUCAGAACAGCGCGGGUACAAAGAUCAUGUAAUCAAUAUAUCCAUAAUAUAUACAUAACUCCUGAUGUGCUAUAUACUGCAGGAAAUUAACAAUGGAAUGGCAAAAUGUAGGCUAAAACACCCAUGAUGAGACUAUAGCUAAAUUGGAUAAUAAUGGAACGCCCCUCCCCUCUCUGUUAGACUUUCACCCAAUCUCCACUCCUUCAAAAAAAUCUUUGAAAACUUACUUUUUAAGGAAAGCUUAUCAAUUAAACGGUGAACAGCUUUCCCUUCACACACCCUGAUUCCUCUCCUGAAACUGUCAUCAAAACAAAACACUAAGCCCUCAAUGAAUACUAUCCUAGCAACCUACUUUUCUACCCGACCCUUACACCCCAUGUCACUUUACCCCAAUCCCUCUGUUACUGUCACUAUUCCCCACUCCCUCUAACAUGUAAACUCACUGAGCAGGGCCCUCAAUCCCCCUGUUACUGUGUCACUAUACCCCACUCCCUCUAACAUGGAAACUCACUGAGCAGGCCCUCAAUCCCUCUGUUACUGUGUCACUAUACCCCACUCCCUCUAGCAUGUAAACUCACUGAGCAGGCCCUCAAUCCCUCUGUUACUGUGUCACUAUACCCCACUCCCUCUAACAUGUAAACUCACUGAGCAGGGCCCUCAAUCCCUCUGUUACUGUGUCACUAUACCCCACUCCCUCUAACAUGUAAACUCACUGAGCAGGCCCUCAAUCCCUCUGUUACUGUGUCACUAUACCCCACUCCCUCUAACAUGUAAACUCACUGAGCAGGCCCUCAAUCCCUCUGUUACUGUGUCACUAUACCCCACUCCCUCUAACAUGUAAACUCACUGAGCAGGCCCUCAAUCCCUCUGUUACUGUGUCACUAUACCCCACUCCCUCUAACAUGUAAACUCACUGAGCAGGGCCCUCAAUCCCUCUGUUACUGUGUCACUAUACCCCACUCCCUCUAACAUGUAAACUCACUGAGCAGGCCCUCAAUCCCUCUGUUACUGUGUCACUAUACCCCACUCCCUCUAACAUGUAAACUCACUGAGCAGGGCCCUCAAUCCCUCUGUUACUGUGUCACUAUACCCCACUCCCUCUAACAUGUAAACUCACUGAGCAGGCCUCAAUCCCUCUGUUACUGUGUCACUAUACCCCCACUCCCUCUAACAUGUAAACUCACUGAGCAGGCCCUCAAUCCCUCUGUUACUGUGUCACUAUACCCACUCCCUCUAACAUGUAAACUCACUGAGCAGGGCCCUCAAUCCCUCUGUUACUGUGUCACUAUACCCCACUCCCUCUAACAUGUAAGCUCACUGAGCAGGGCCCUCAAUCCCUCUGUUACUGUGUCACUAUACCCCACUCCCUCUAGCAUGUAAACUCACUGAGCAGGCCCUCAAUCCCUCUGUUACUGUGUCACUAUACCCCACUCCCUCUAGAAUGUAAUCUCACUGAGCAGGACCCUCAAUCCCUCUGUUACUGUGUCACUAUACCCCACUCCCUCUAACAUGUAAACUCACUGAGCAGGCCCUCAAUCCCUCUGUUACUGUGUCACUAUACCCCACUCCCUCUAACAUGUAACCUCACUGAGCAGGCCCUCAAUCCCUCUGUUACUGUGUCACUAUACCCCACUCCCUCUAACAUGUAAGCUCACUGAGCAGGGCCCUCAGUCCCUCUGUUACUGUGUCACUAUACCCCACUCCCUCUAACAUGUAAACUCACUGAGCAGGACCCUCAAUCUCUCUGUUACUGUGUCACUAUACCCCACUCCCUCUAGCAUGUAAACUCACUGAGCAGGGCCAUUAUUUCCUCUGUUACUGUGUCACCAUACUCCACUCCCUCUAACAUGUAAACUCACUGAGCAGGACCCUCAAUCCCUCUGUUACUGUGUCACUAUACCCCACUCCCUCUAACAUGUAAACUCACUGAGCGGGGCUCUCAAUCCCUCUGUUACUGUGUCACUAUACCCCACUCCCUCUAACAUGUAAACUCACUGAGCAGGGCCCCUAAUCCCUCUGUUACUGUGUCACUAUACCCCACUCCCUCUAGCAUGUAAACUCACUGAGCAGGGCCCUCAAUCACUCUGUUACUGUGUCACUAUACCCCACUCCCUCUAACAUGUAAACUCACUGAGCAGGGCCAUCAAUCCCUCUGUUACUGUGUCACUAUACCCCACUCCCUCUAACAUGUAAACUCACUGAGCAGGCCCUCAAUCCCUCUGUUACUGUGUCACUAUACCCUACUCCCUCUAACAUGUAAACUCACUGAGCAGGCCCUCAAUCCCUCUGUUACUGUGUCACUAUACCCCACUCCAUCUAACAUGUAAACUCACUGAGCAGGCCCUCAAUCCCUCUGUUACUGUGUCACUAUACCCCACUCCCUCUAACAUGUAAACUCACUGAGCAGGGCCCUCAAUCCCUCUGUUACUGUGUCACUAUACCCCACUCUCUCUAACAUGUAAACUCACUGAGCAGGCCCUCAACCUCUCUGUUACUGUGUCACUAUACCCCACUCCCUCUAACAUGUAAACUCACUGAGCAGGGCCCUCAAUCCCUCUGUUACUGUCACUAUACCCCACUCCCUCUAGCAUGUAAACUCACUGAGCAGGACCCUCAAUCCCUCUGUUACUGUGUCACUAUACCCCACUCCCUCUAGCAUGUAACCUCACUGAGCAGGGCCCUCAAUCCCUCUGUUACUGUGUCACUAUACCCCACUCCCUCUAACAUGUAAACUCACUGAGCAGGGCCCUCAAUCCCUCUGUUACUGUGUCACCAUACCCCACUCCCUCUAACAUGUAAACUCACUGAGCAGGGCCUCAAUCCCUCUGUUACUGUGUCACUAUACCCCACUCCCUCUAACAUGUAAACUCACUGAGCAGGCCCUCAAUCCCUCUGUUACUGUGUCACUAUACCCCACUCCCUCUAAUAUGUAAACUCACUGAGCAGGCCCUCAAUCCCUCUGUUACUGUGUCACUAUACCCCACUCCCUCUAACAUGUAAACUCACUGAGCAGGCCCUCAAUCCCUCUGUUACUGUGUCACUAUACCCCACUCCCUCUAACAUGUAAACUCACUGAGCAGGGCCCUCAAUCCCUCUGUUACUGUGUCACUAUACCCCACUCCCUCUAACAUGUAAACUCACUGAGCAGGGCCCUCAAUCCCUCUAACAUGUAACCUCACUGAGCAGGCCCUCAAUCCCUCUGUUACUGUGUCACUAUACCCCACUCCCUCUAACAUGUAAACUCACUGAGCAGGGCCAUCAAUCCCUCUGUUACUGUGUCACUAUACCCCACUCCCUCUAACAUGUAAACUCACUGAGCAGGCCCUCAAUCCCUCUGUUACUGUGUCACUAUACCCUACUCCCUCUAACAUGUAAACUCACUGAGCAGGCCCUCAAUCCCUCUGUUACUGUGUCACUAUACCCCACUCUCUCUAACAUGUAAACUCACUGAGCAGGCCCUCAAUCCCUCUGUUACUGUGUCACUAUACCCCACUCCCUCUAACAUGUAAGCUCACUGAGCAGGCCCCUCAAUCCCUCUGUUACUGUGUCACUAUACCCCACUUCCUUUAGCAUGUAAACUCACUGAGCAGGGCCCUCAAUCCCUCUGUUACUGUGUGUCCAGGUUAAAAAUACGUGUCUGUUAGUCCACCCAUUGUACAAUGCUACGGAACUUGUUGGCGCUUUACAAAUAAUAAUUGUACAGAUCACCUAGUUUUGCCAAACUUUUGGGAUUUCAUUUUAAAGUGAGAAUUCAAAGAGAAUUUUUGAUUUAAAGGGACACUAUAGUCACCACCAGAACACCUACAACAUUUCUUCUGGUGAGUAGAAUUAUUCCCUGCAGGCUUUUUGCUGUAAAAAAUGUAUUUGCAUAGAAAAUGCAUUGUUUGCAGUACAGCCUAGGGAUACCUCAACUGGCCACUCCUCAGAUGGCUCCUAGAGGUGCUUCCUGGGGCAGUGCUGCACAUUGUGACUGCCAUUCAGUGUCUCCACCCUGUGCAUGCAGACACUGAACUUUCAAUUUCAAUUGAUUCAAUUCAUCUCUAUGAAGAGCUGCUGAUUGGCCAGGGCUGUGUUUGGCUUGUGCUGGCUCUUCCCCGAUCUGAUUCCUUGACAGUCUCAGCCAAUCCUAUGGGGAAGCAUUGUGAUUGGCUCACAGAAUCACUUCUGAUGAUGUCAGCAAAGCAGGCAGACAGGGGCAGAGCUUGCAGCUUCAGACUUGAAUACAAGUAAGAUUUUACUAUAUUUAGGGAGACAAGGGGGCUAGAUCUUUAUUUUAACAUUGUAGGGUCAGGAAUACAUGUUUGUGUCCCUGACCCUAUAGUGCUCCUUUAAGGUAAAAAUAGCCAAACUGGAAAAAUUCAGUCAUGCUCCAGUUCAGCUGCUCUGGCCUUAAAAGCGAAAUUCACUUUGAAUUUUCACGUUAAUGACUAACCCUGUAUAUUUCUGAGUUUAAUGAAUAAUCCUGAUGUUGUUCCCUUGGGGUUUUUAUUAUUUAAUUAAUAUUAUAUUUUUUUUCAGGUAUGAGAAAGCAUUAUGUGAUUGCCAUCAUUCGCUGGCUCAGCUGAGAAACAACAAAGUGAUUGAUUAUAAACAGCUGGGGCUCCACUACCUGCUGUAUUCCUGGGAGGUAGGUUAAAGGCCACCUGUUCUUGCCUUUGGAGGCACUGUGUGUGACACCAUUGAGGGUUAUUUUAAUGACGCUGUCUCCGUGUGCAUGUCUUGCAGAUUCUGUAUAAUACUGCGGUAAUCCUGUGUUACCUGGGAAGGUGGGAGAAUGCCCACGAUAAACUGAAGGAAGCCACCGGGUGUUUACCCGGAGAGGCCAGAAAUUGUAAAAUUGAAGCCAUGAUGGAUGCAGUUCAGGUAAAUGCUUUGUGUCAUUUCCCCAUUUUACAUUUUAACGUCACAGUCAUUGACCCCUUCAAUACCAGAAUCGAGUAGAAAUGUUUUUGUUUGCAGUAUAAAAUAUUGUCCAAAAAACUUCAAUUACCCUCAUUUAUAUUCUAGAUAUUUUUACCAGCCUGUAGAGCAGGGGUGCCCCAAAAAAGGUAGACCCCCAUAUGUGGUAGAACAACAACUCGUUGAAAUGCCUUUAGAAUGGGAAAACAUCAUGGAAGCUGUAAAUACUCUGACUUUAGAAAUAUAUAACUGUAUCUGGAUUUACAGUGUGUGCGCAUUAUGCUGAAUUGCAAUUUUUAGUAAGCUGUACUGCUAUGCCUUCAAGGUCCUUUCAAAAAUUGCGGUAAAAGUGUACUUUAGCAUAUUUUAUUAUUUUUCAAUUGUACUAAAAACAAAUAGCGUAUUUUAUUAUUAACAGUCAUUAUUAAAGUAAAAUCAUCAUGUUUUCAUUAAAAGUGGAAAGAUUGUAAUGAAAACUCUUAACAGUAACUGGGUCCAUCUCAUGGUACACAACCCUCCCGUCUAGCAUUAAACUGGAUCAUUCUCAGCAAUGACCAGCAUAAAUUGUGUUAUGUAGCUUCCAACAUUAGUGGCAAAGUGUUGUGUUGAGCAAAGUGUUGUGUUGAGUAGUAGACCGACAUACUUUAUACAUUAUUCCAUCUUUUUAUGGCUACCUGAUGUAAAUCCUUAAUAGAAUGCACCUGAUUGACUAUUUGAAAAUAAAAAUCAACAUUGUGCCCCACGAAACCUUACAUAACCUAAAGUGCUAGCCUGGUUAUUUUACUAUUUCAAAUAAAAAUUAAUAAUUUUCCUGUUAUUUAAUUUUAUUGCCGUUUAAUCUUAAAACUGGAUAUCUUCGUGUAUGGCAUACAAUGAAGCUUAGAUCAGAUCUUCAACGCACAAGCUCAGCUUUGUACUUGCUACAAAUACAUUGCAGUGGCAGAAAUAGUACAAAUAAGCUAUGAUUUCAUUAAAAAGGUGGUUUUCCAGCAUAGCAGGACGAUCUAUUACUACUUCAUGCUAUAUUUGUACGGGUGCACCAUAAUAGCAAUGCAACAAAAAAAAAGUACACUAUAAUACACGCGAAUGAAAUGGCAAAUAAUAAAAUACACUUGUACCAAAAUAGCUAUAAGCAAGGCGUUUGGCCAUUUUUACAUACCGCUAUAUAUUUUUGUCACGUCAAAAUGUAAUUGUAGCUUUUAUACUAGCAUUUCAGACCCUGAGUGAAAUAUGGCAAGAUAAAGGACAGUGUAUACUAACUAAAGCUGUUCAUUUUGCAAAUAUUUGUUUAUCAAUGAUGAAUGAAUAAGUAAAAAUGAAAUAUUGUUUAUAUUUAAGUUUGUCUGGUAAGCAAUCUAUAUUGCUGUAUAUAUGCUAGCUAUGCAUCCCUUCCGCUAUAUGUUAUAAAUCAUAACAUGCUCGGUUGUGAAGGGGUUAACCAGCUGGCAGAUUUUUACAGUGUUUAGUCUUAGUAUGGUCAUUGCUACAGCUCCCCUUCCCGAGCCGUAAAUCUGUCAGGAAAAUGAUAAAAACAUGUCGACAACUUAUUAUACCUGUCUGAGUCAAAAAACAAAACUUUGGGGAAGAGGAAUCAUCCCAAAGUUGGAGCACUUUGCUGUGUCUUUAAUGUAGAAAUCCUAAAAGUAUUAUCAUAUUCUUUGUCUUUUUACCUGUCUUUCUAUCUCCUGUUUAUCUGUCUGUUUGUUUGUUUUUUUACCUGUCUCUCUCCGUUUACCUGUCUGUCUUUCUCACUUUCUGUCUGUUUACCUGUCUCUCUAUCUGUUUACCUGACUGUCUCUCUUUUUGUCUGUUUACCUGUCUGUCUUUUUCUCUCUCUCUCUGUUUACCUGUCUGUCACUCUAUUUUUUGUAUUUAUCGCUGUCUGACAGUUUACCUGUCUGUCUCUCUUUCUUCCUGUUUACCUGUCUGUCUCACGUUCUGUCUGUUUAUCUCUCUCUCUCUCUCUCUCUCUCUCUCUCUCUCUGUUUUCCUGACUGUCUGUCUCCAAGUCUGUCUGUCUAUUUGCCUCUUUGCUCAUGCAGCAUUCUGCUGGGAUUGUUUUCUGAUGUGUUUGGGAUGGUGGGAAUGUCCUGCUGAAUUUGUGAGGUUUGGGGCCUUCCUAGAAUAUAUUAAGGUUUGGUCACGUCCAGCCUGUGCCUUUAAGAAGCUGGCUAGCAGGAUUCGAGUGUUUGUACUAAUAGUGUUUAUGGAGUAUUCUGUCUGUUGCAAUAUGUUUAGUCAUCGAUGUAAUACAUUAUAAUACAUGGCAAUGCCUGCAAUACAUUGUCAUUAAACCCAAUAAAGCGAUAAAGUUGUAAUUGUCAGACAUUAAUUCCGUGUCCGUGUCCUCUCUCUCCCAGAACCAUGUCUUCCUGCAGCCAGCGCACGUUCCUCAAGGGGAACUUUUCAAACCUAAAAAGGAGGAAGUUGAACAAAUAAAAUACAAAGACUUCCUGGGUAAACCGAAGGUAACAAAACAAAAACUAACUUGUCUCUGAAUGAGUCACGCUGAUUUAUCAAACCUUCUACUGCCAUUACCUGACCGGCAACGCCAAAUCCCAGAUUUACUCUGAAUUUAUAUAUCAGCCCUUCUACUGCCAUUACCUGACUGGCAACGCCACAUCCCAGAUUUACUCUGAAUUUAUAUAUCAGCCCUUCUACUGCCAUUACCUGACCGGCAACGCCACAUCCCAGAUUUACUCUGAAUUUAUAUAUCAAACCUUCUACUGCCAUUACCUGACCGGCAACGCCACAUCCCAGAUUUACUCUGAAUUUAUAUAUCAGCCCUUCUACUGCCAUUACCUGACCGGCAACGCCACAUCCCAGAUUUACUCUGAAUUUAUAUAUCAGCCCUUCUACUGCCAUUACCUGACCGGCAACGCCACAUCCCAGAUUUACUCUGAAUUUAUAUAUCAGCCCUUCUACUGCCAUUACCUGACCGGCAACGCCACAUCCCAGAUUUACUCUGAAUUUAUAUAUCAAACCUUCUACUGCCAUUACCUGACCGGCAACGCCACAUCCCAGAUUUACUCUGAAUUUAUAUAUCAAACCUUCUACUGCCAUUACCUGACCGGCACCGCCACAUCAUCACCCCAUAUAACAUACAGCACCUGCAUCACCCCGUAUAACAUACAGCAUCCGCAUCACCCCAUAUAACAUACAGCACCCGCAUCCCCCCAUAUAACAUACAGCACCCGCAUCCCCCCAUAUAACAUACAUCACCCGCAUCACCCCAUAUAACAUACAGCAUCCGCAUCACCCCAUAUAACAUACAGCACCCGCAUCACCCCAUAUAACAUACAGCACCCGCAUCACCCCAUAUAACAUACAGCACCCGCAUCACCCCAUAUAACAUACAGCACCCGCAUCACCCCAUAUAACAUACAGCACCCGCAUCACCCCAUAUAACAUACAGCACCCGCAUCACCCCAUAUAACAUACAGCAUCCGCAUCACCCCAUAUAACAUACAGCACCCGCAUCACCCCAUAUAACAUACAGCACCCGCAUCACCCCAUAUAACAUACAGCACCCGCAUCACCCCGUAUAACAUACAGCACCCGCAUCACCCCGUAUAACAUACAGCACCCGCAUCACCCCGUAUAACAAACAGCACCCGCAUCACCCCGUAUAACAAACAGCACCCGCAUCACCCCGUAUAACAUACAGCACCCGCAUCACCCCGUAUAACAUACAGCACCCGCAUCACCCCAUAUAACAUACAUCACCCGCAUCACCCCAUAUAACAUACAGCACCCGCAUCAUCCAGUAUAACAUACAGCAUCCGCAUUCCGACAGCCUAGAACGGACACCCCUAACAAGAUGAAAAUGUAUAAUAGUAACUCAUAUUAUAAUUUUUAUUAUUUGCAUUAUUAAACCUCUAAUAACGUUUGGCGUGAAGCAGUGCUAUAUCACUAUGGUAUUCUUCUAAUUAAAAAGGAUUUUAUUUGAUUUGGGGUCCAGUUUUUCCAUCUCUACCAUUGUAACUGCAAUCAAUGGACGUUUUGUAGUGACAAGCAUUUUAUGAUACAGCUAAAACAGAAAGACUGACCCCCUUUAUAUUGUGACACCCCAACAUGAAUACUACAACAGGGAAUCACUAUCUCUGCUGAGCUCUCUGUACUGCAGACACCUUACAGGAAACACUGAUUUUAUUUUGGUUUUAUUCUUUCUGAGGUCGGGUUGUUCUUUGUAUGGCUUUUGUUUUAUUUACACACAGGGGUUCAUCUGCUAAACAGUGAAUGGCCGUGAAUUACGUAAAUGUAUCAAGAGUGCAUAUAUGGCAAAUCUGUAACCAACACCAACUUUACCCCUCUCAGGUCAUCUCCUCGGUGGUUCCCAAUGAUCAGUACAGCGGAUUCGAGCCCCUGCGUCCCCAGGUAAGAACAAGACCAUCCAAGGAAACGUAUAUAUUUAUUAAUAGGAAAACAUUUUAUAUUAUCAAAAAAGAGAAUACAAAUUGCUACACAACACAUGGAUUUCAUAAUAAUGAAAUCGCAAUGAUGUCAUCCUGGUAUCAAUUACAGCAUUUUAUCAGCGUCACCAAGUCUCUGCUUGAAAUUCUUCAAAGGUGUGUUUCAUUCUAAAACCAAAUAUAUAUUAGAUGGAACAUGAAUGGUUUAGUAAAGUACAGAUAUUAUAGAAACAUAGAAUAUUCUGCCCAUCUAGUCUGCCCAAUUUUCUAAAUACUUUCAUUAGUCCCUGGCCUUAUCUUAUAGUUAGGAUAGUCUUAUGCCUAUCCCACGCAUGCUUAAACUCCUUUACUGUGUUAACCUCUACCACUUCAGUUGGAAGGCUAUUCCAUGCAUCCACUACCCUCUCAGUAAAGUAAUACUUCCUGAUAUUAUUUUUAAACCUUUGUCCCUCUAAUUUAAGACUAUGUCCUCUUGUUGUGGUAGUUUUUCUUCUUUUAAUCACUUCAAUUGAAUUGAAUUUAAUUAAUUAUCACUAAAUAUUGCUUGCCCUAUCUACAUCACACAACUAGAUUAUUUAACAAUCAGAAAUUUGCUGAUGUUCACCUCACAGUGUAAAAGUGAUCGUUUAAAAUGACCGAGGAGUAUUUCAAUGUAGUUGUUUGAUGUGAAUUCUACUGGGGUUUUUUUUGUUUGUUUUUUAGAAACCUGGAUUUUAUGAGCCAUGUCCUGAAGCAAUUCUGUAAGUAAUAUUGAUCUUUGUCUGUCUACCUAACUGUAUCUAACUACCUGUCUGACUAUUUCUUUGUGUCUGUAUAAUGUCUGUCUACCUGUUUGUCUGUCUGUCUAUAUCACUGUCUCUCUAACUAUCUCUUGACGUCCAGCUCCUCAUGUCUGUUUCUCUGUCUGUUGUUUUCUCUCACUGUCUGUCUAUCUCUCUAUCUUUGUCUGACUGUGUCUGUCUUUCUCUGUCUGUCUGUCAAUUUCACUGUCUGUGUCUAUCUCUUUCUAUUUGUGUGUGUCUGUCUUUCUUUGUCUGUAGAUUUAUGUGUGUCUGUCUUGCUUUCUCUGUCUGUGUCUCUCUCUGUCUGUCUACUUCUGUCUGUAGGUCUGUCUGUCUCUAAAAGAUAAUUCUGAUAAUCUGGGUAAUUUUCCACAGAGGUCAAGAUGCCGGGUAUCAUCGUGUUUUGGUUCAUUAUUAUCCAGAGAAUUCUAACGAAGUGUCUGUGAAAGCAAAUACCAUUCUGUUUGUUCUAAACAAAGAUGGAGACUGGGCCACCGGCAUCCAUGAUGGCCAGGUAACGUCCUCCCUGACAUGCAUGGCUGGAGGAGUAGGUCACACACAGCGUUAGGUCAUAAAAUGGGAAUUGUCAUUAAAUUGCGUCAGGAUAGUCCAUUUGUAAGAAUAAUUUUGAUGUAUGUGUGUGUGUAACACUCAUUGGUUAAAUAAAUUCAAUGAUUUCCUUAUUUGGACUCUUCACAUGCUAUGCACUAGACUAGAGCACUGGUUUCUCAUCCAUGAUACAGUUAUACAGAAGAGUAUUGCUUGCCUCACCGCAGAAGGGCAGUAUACAAUAAAGCAAUGCUUGCAUCUUGUGUUGGAGUAUUACACACCAGAGUAAUGCUUGCUUACCUGCGGGAUCCCUGGGGAUUGUGGAGUAUUGACAACUACAUUGUAUAUCUCAUGUAAAAAUAGCCAAGUUAAGCAGUAUCAUGCUUCUGGUUUGGUUAUGUUGGCCUAUAAUUUGCAAGUCCUUGGUCAAUUCUUAAUAAUUUCCAGUUUUGUGAAUAAAGUCUAGGGUAGUGUAUAAUAAGGCAAGAUACUUUGUGUAUGCACAGCUUGAUAGCCUCGUUUUAUAUAUUGUUCUAUUCAUGAAUGCUUACAUUUUACAGAAAAUAUAUAUUCCAACGAAUGUUCUGGAACCUGUGAACAACACUCCCAAAGCAGACAUUAAGGUAAUUAACAACAGACGGAACAAAUUGCACCAUGUUACCUGUGAUCAGUAAUACAUUAGUAGUGUAAGAGCUUCAUUGGAAUCCACAUUGCAAGUUUAAUAAAAUCUGGGCCUAUCGCAUACCUCCCAAGAGUCCCUAUUUAGGAGGGACAGUCCCUAUUUUGGGCCCAAAUUCUUCUGUCCCUCUUUACUAUCCUAAUGUCCCUCUAGACACUCCAUAUUGUUGGUGUGUCAGCGUGUAUAACAGAGCUCCACAGCAAUAAUACUCCCAGUAAUGUGUCUGAGUGUAUAACAGAGCUCCACAGCAAUAAUACUCCCAGUAAUGUGUCUGAGUGUAUAACAGAGCUCCACAUCAAUAAUACCCCAGUAAUGUGUUAUAACAGAGCUCCACAGCAAUAAUACUCCCAGUAAUGUGUCUGAGUGUAUAACAGAGCUCCACAGCAAUAAUACUCCCAGUAAUGUGUCUGAGUGUAUAACAGAGCUCCACAGCAAUAAUACUCCCAGUAAUGUGUCUGAGUGUAUAACAGAGCUCCACAGUAAUAAUAUUCCCAGUAAUGUGUCUUGGUGUAUAACAGAGCUCCGCAGCAAUAAUACUCCCAGUAAUGUGUCUGAGUGUAUAACAGAGCUCCACAGCAAUAAUACUCCCAGUAAUGUGUCUGUGUGUAUAACAGAGCUAUUUUAUUUAUUUUUUGGUAGAAAGUGGUAAAUGGGAUUCCUAUGCCGCCUAUGAAGACUCCUCCUACUAGACCAAAAGUGACGCCAAUCCGAGAACAUCGAGGUACAGAAGGCCAAAUCCCGUUAUGUAUGAAUGUAAAAGUACCCACUGAGACUUACUAAGUACUGUACACUCAGUAUUAUUGUAAACAUACCCACUGAGAGUUACUAAGUACUGUACAUUUUCAUAGGGCAAAAUAAUAGUGUUAUCAAUUAUCAAUCAUCACAGUGGUAUAUAGAAAUAAAUUAAUGGCUGCAUUAAAAUCCUGCUGACUAUUAUAUUUUAUAGGAAAUCUGAUAUUUCCAGAGGGAAUACCACCUCGACCAGAUGGAAAACCUCCAGAACCACAUAUGGUAUGUUGCUGUCGUGUGUCCACUGACUGUGUGGCCAUUGAUUUUGUGGCCAGUGGUUACAGACCAGUGAGCAGAUUUGAUGCACCUAAGAUAAUGAGUACCAAAUUCAGAAUGUACCACUGACUAAGCAGUAAACCAUUAUCUGGACUGCUCUAUACUUGUAUGACUAUCAGCCACACUACCAGUUAAAAUCCCUCUGUGAUAAUCCAAACUGGGGGGAUUAUCUGUAUCACCAAACCUCCAUUCAUCCCAGGUUUAGUCAGAUUACAGAUAGAUAUUGAAAAGCCAUUUACUGUUGUCAUUCUAAUGAUGUUCCUUUCUUCCAACAGCUGAAUAAUGUUCUCCCAAGGAAAGGUUUUGAGGAAAUAUCUGCCUUUUCUACUGCAGACCCAGUGUUGGUGGAAUCAGAUUUUCCAAGGACAGGUCCGGUGGUGGAGAGUCCUACUUCUCAUAUGUUAUAUCCAGUAGUAGAGAUAGAUGUAACAUUACUUGAGAAAGCAAUGCCUUUAAAAUCAGAUCCAUUAGUGGAGAGAACCGUGCCACUCACAACAGGUCCAGCUGUGGAGAGAGCUUUGCCACCAACGACAGGUCCAGCUGUGGAGAGAGUGACUCUAAAAAACAAUCCAACAUUGGAAAAAGAUGUCCAUAAAAAAACAAAUCCAGUCGACGAGAGAGCUGUACCUCUAAGAACAGAGCCAGAUGGGAAGAGAAAUGUCUUUCUAGGAUCAGACUCAGCAGGGGACUAUUCUUUCCCUCAAAAAACGGAUCCAGUGAUGGAGCAAGAUGUUUUUCUCCAGAGUGGUUUGGGAACAAAUCAAAACUCUGAGAAGGUUAGUGAGGAACAUUGUGCAGUUAAUACAAACAUGAAACUAUGGAUAGUCAACAUAUCAAAUGUUUUCCACCUUUGACGAAUGCCAACACAAAACUGUCACAAAGCUAUUGCUGCUUCCUAUUUCUGUGUCCCUCAAUGACCCAAAGGGCCUUAUGCCUGUUCCAUAUGCCUGACUCCCCACAUAGUUGCUUCUCCCCCUCCUCUACCAUCUUCAGUCAGUCUCAUCCUAAAUUACAUUGUUCUUUAAGCUUAGCAAUUACAGGGUAAGUUAUUCAGGUGUAUUGGGACAGGUUGAAACCUGUCUGGAAAUGGACAAGCAAUCAUAUCUUCAUUUCUAACCACUCUCACUUGUAGCUUCAACAUACUGUAAUAAAUCACUAGAUUGAAAACCUCUAAGGGGUAGCCAAGCACACAGUAUACAGGAAACAACAAUACCACAAGACAAGAGUUUACUACAGAAAUAAGGAAUACAAGUAUAAUAUAUUUAAAUGAAAAUCAAAUGUAUGCAAAUGAUAAAUGAUUAAACAAAAUACAUUGAAUUAAAUUAAAGCUCCACGGUUAAUAGAAGGUUCCCUAGGCACUCUGAAAGAAUGAUUAUUACUGUUAUUAUUAUUAUUGGCAUUUAUAUAGCACCAACAAAUUCUGCAGCACAAUUUCUUUUUACAUCAAGUAAGUUACAUAUGGAAUAUUAACAGAGACAAGGUGAAGAGGCCCUGCUCAAAUGAGCUUACAGUCUAUAUGAGGAAGGGGUAAAGACACACAAUAGAAAUUACAGCAUGUCAGAGUGGGGAGGGAUUGCUCAAACGAGCUUACACUCCAUGAGGAAGGGGUAAGGAAACAAUAGAAAUGACAGAAUGUCAGAGUGGGAAGGGAUUGCUCAAACGAGCUUACACUCCAAUGUAAUGAUUGGUAAAAGGUGAGGAGUGGAGUUAGUGGGGGCUUUGUAGGUUAGUGUUAGCAGUUUGACAGGUACAGGAAGCCGAUGUAAUGAUUGGUAAAGGGUGAGGAGUGGAGUUAACAGGGGCUUUGUAGGUUACGAAGCCGAUGUAAUGAUUGGUAAAAGGUGAGGAAUGGAGUUAGUGAGUUCUUUGUAGGUUAGUGUUAGCAGUUUGAAGGGUACAGGAAGCCGAUGUAAUGAUUGGUAAAAGGUGAGGAAUGGAGUUAGUGAGUUCUUUGUAGGUUAGUGUUAGCAGUUUGAAGGGUACAGGAAGCCGAUGUAAUGAUUGGUAAAAGGUGAGGAGUGGAGUUAGUGAGGGGUUUGUAGGUUAGUGUUAGCAGUUUGAAGAAUACAGGAAGCCGAUGUAAUGAUUGGUAAAGGGUGAGGAGUAGAGUUAGUGAGGGGUUUGUAGGUUAGUGUUAGCAGUUUGAAGGGUACAGGAAGCCAAUGUAAUGAUUGGUAAAGGGUGAGGAGUGGAGUUAGUGGGGGCUUUGUAGAGUAGUGUUAGCAGAUGAAGGGUAAAGCUAGUGAGGUCUUUGUAGGUUAGUGUUAGCAGUUUGAAUUGGAUCCUGAAGGGUAGAGGAAGCCGAUGUAAUGAUUGCCAUAGGGAUGAGGUGUGGAAGUAGCGAUCACUCAGGAGGAUGAGCCUGGCGGCAGCAUUCAUUACAGAUUUGAAGAAAGGCAUUGUAGGUAUUAACAAGGCCGAUGACUAAUAUUGCAAUUCACUAGUCAUUGACCUUGUCAAUAGUCAAGUCGGUGAAUUAAUGAGUGCAUGAACAGGUGCCUUAGUUGUAUCUCUAGUUAGAAAAGGGCGGUUUCUGGCAAUAUUUUUAAGGUGGAAGUUACAGGAUAUGGAGACAGACUGGAUGUGAGAAAAGACCUGAGUCGAAAGUAACACCAAGGCUGUGAGCUUGAGAGGUUCGGGUAAUAAGUGUCCCAAUGACUUGCAGGGAGAUUGAUGGAUGAGAACUAUUUGAGCGAGGAAACAUGAGGAUUUCAGUCCUAGAAAGAUUACAUUUUAGAAAUUGUGAAGGCAUCCAGGUAGAGAUGGACAAAAGGCAGUUUGAGACGUGUUGUAGGAGAGCUGGAGAGAGGUCAACGCAGGAGAGGUAAAUAUGUGCAUUACCAGCAUAUUAUCAGCAAAUAGAUGGUGCUGAAAUCCAUAGGAGUUAAUAAUGUAAACACAGUAUAAAAAUAGCAAAAGAUAUUGAAAUCAGGGCUAUACAAUACAAUAAAUGUCAAUCAAUAGUCCAGAAGUCGUUGAAUGAUGUUAAUCCACUGAAGGCUGAAUUAUCUGUAAAUAUAGAAUCAAUAGGACGUAGUGCUUUCCGUAAAACAAACCCUUUAUUAGACAUGUAACUUAAACACUUACAAAGCUCAGAGCGGUGUAGACGUAGUUCCAGUGACAAUUGGCAGCCAUGCAAUAGUGAUCCAGUGAUUGUCACAGUGGACUUUUGGACUAUUGAUAGACAUUUAUUGUAUAGCUUUGGUUUCAAUAGUUCCAUCGUGGCGAUUUGUUUGCUAUUUUUAUACUUUGUCAGUUCCCCUGCAGGUAUCUCCCGGAUCUAGCCCUGAAUCUAUAAACCCUCUUAAUAAUCGCGGAUAUAAUCUCUUGGAUCUUCUGUUUUCCUGCUACAGGUCACACAGAGCACGGUGCCUCCACCUGCAGAGGACAAGGAGAUAACGCUACAGAUUCACACAGAAUUUACUGUAUCACUGAAAAUCCACAAGGAUAUCGCCUACACAGAGCUCCAGGAUCUCCUGCGGGACAAAAUUCGACAACAAGGAGAACAAAUGAAAAUCCAGCUGAGGUACUGCAUGGCUCCCAUAUGCUAAACCUUUUUCUAUGAAGACAUUGUCAUGGUUGCGCUGCAGGGUGUUCCUGCACACUGCAUCCCAUCGGUGCUGGUGCUACUCUUGCUUAAUCCUUGGCAGCCUCCUCCGGCAGUCCGAUUGACGCUGGCCGCCGCGCAGUUGAGCCCCUUUAUGGCUUCACCUUCUCCGCCCUGAAUUUGUCUGCGAACAUACGCAGCAGACAUUGCGCACACAUGAUACCACGUCACAUGACUGCCAAUAACCAAUCAGAGAUCUUCGUAGGCUAUUUAAGCUCAAAUUAGAUAGUUCUCAGUGCCCUGUGGUGGUUGUCCGAUAGCGUGUUGUAUUUAUUGAUUUAAUUACAAUUUAACCCCAACUUGUACACUAACUGUUCUUCCUUCUGUAUUCCUUGAUAUCUGGCUUGCCUUUCCGUUUACUCUCUGUCUCCUGACCUAGUCUUGAUCUGUACUAUUCUAUAUUAGUAGUGUUAAACUCGCCAUUCCAAGGUCCGGUAAUACGCUGCAGUAUUCAGGUUAUAUUUUAUUGAUUAAUUUAAGUUCUGCGUUGGGUCUUUUUCUGACAGACAUUUUUGGGAAUAGUAGCUUUCACUGGUUGGCUGUAAUUUGUAUUACUGGAGUAUUAUACACAAGAGUAGGGAUGGAUCAGCUUAGACUGGUACAUGGUAUAAAGGGAAACAAAGUUACAAGAAUAGAGACAGAUAAUCGCGGAAUCAUGUGUGAGCCACAUAUGGUCACAUGCUCCAUACAGAAAAUAUUAGUUCUAUUUGUAAUGCAUUAGAUAAAGUAUUAAAUCACACAAUAAAUGCAUAAAAAAAAUAGAAAAAAAACGAGUCACCUUUAAAGGACCAAUAUAGUGCCAGGAAAACAAACUCGUUUUCCUGGCACUAUAGUAUUAAUAGGUCCCCCCCUCUAGGGGGAGGAAGGGGUUAAAAUCUUACCUUUCUCCAGCGCUGCGCUCCCUCGGCGCUGGGGACUCUCCUCCUCCUUCGGACGUCAUCGGCUGAAUGCGCUUGCGCGGCAAGAGCUGCGUGCGCAUUCAGCCAGUCUCAUAGGAAAGCAUUCACAAUGCUUUCCUAUGGACGCUGGCGUCUUCUCACUGUGAAAAUCACAGUGAGUAGCGCGUAAGCACCUUUAGCGGCUGUCAAUGAGACAGCCACUAGAUGCUGGAUUAACCCAUAUGUAAACAUGCCAGUUUCUCUGAAACUGCCAUAUUUACAGCAGAAAGGGUUAACCCUAGAUGGACCUGGCACCCUGACUUCUUCAUUAAGCUGAAGUGUUCUGGGUGCCUAUAGUGGUCCUUUAAAGUUCCUUCUACAUCGACAUAGACAAAGUAGCUGGAAUGGACGUGCAAGCCGAUAGAAGCUGCGGUUUUGUGAGCAGAGCUGUCAGACGAACCUUCAUAGUAAGUUAUGGAAGAGCCCCAUGUGUCACCAUAUUUUGUCCAAAAUAAUUACAGUUUGUUACUGGAAUAGUGACUUUUGUCAUUUCUAUGUUUUACUAUAAUUCUACACUGAUUUCUUCAGUUACAGGGGUGCAGCUGGCAGCUCGGUGACCCCAGUGAGAGGGGACAGAGAAUUACAGAGUAUAUUGAAACAAGCCCCCACCAAGCGCCUAACGUUGCACUGCAAGGUACUCGACGUUCAGAUAUUUCAAUGUCAAUAUGUUUACCGGCUGUGUCGCAAUGUGACUAGACCUGUUAGCAAUAUAGAAACACAUAUAUAAAUAGUACGUCUUUAUUGAAUAUGUGCAGAAUCUCUGUGGUUUAAAAAUGUAAAUAAACUGUAAACGACAAAUAUACUUGGCCUUGACAAUACAAAGCUUGCAGGAGAAGGAACUAGAGUCUGAAAUGCCAUGUGUCAGUUCAUAUCUCCACUGUUUACCAGCACCACCCAGUGGUGGGAGGUUAUAUUACAUGCUCUAUGGAAAAGUAGCAGAAAUUAAUGAAGGGUAUUUGCCGAAUCUUACACUCAAAUAAAUGGUUGCAUUUAUUAAUAUAACUUAACCACGCUGUAGUUUAUUAUAAAAAUAGCUGUUGUAGUGCGAUCAGUACCGUUCACUAACGUUAGACCAAGAUACCCGAAUUUCGUAAAACUUACAAGUCUACCAAUCGAAUGCUACAUUGGCCUUAGUUUUGCAAGUUGGUUCUUAACUCUGCAUUAAAAAUGUUUAAAUAGUUUUUAUUGGUAAAUUCUGAUAAACUAAAAUUGAUUUAAAAAAUGAUUAAGGUCUGGUUACAGACUGAUGGGAGUAAAAAUAAUUAUCUGUAUCUCAAUACAGGAUGCCAAUUACUGCCUAGGACGGCGUAUCCUGUAUAGUAUGAAAGCAAUUUAUGAAUAUCCAGCGGAGGGUCCAGAGGACCUCACCUUUAUCGUAGGAGACAUUAUCGACAUCCUCUCAGAAGGUAACUCCAGUGAAUCAGCUAAAGUGUUGUGGGAUAUCUGUGUGGCAAAAUUAACAUCGCCACUUGUGCCUGGAGAGGACUACUUGCCAGCCUCUUGCCAUGUGAUUAUGGUCUCUGAGAAGUUUGGCCCUUUAAAUACAGGAUUUGGGCAUAAUGGGUUUUUAUCGUGCUGCUGCUGGCCCUUUAACUCCCAGAAAAAGGAUUUGUACUUUUAAACUGGCACUUCGGAUACAGUCGAAGUGGCGAAGUAGUCGAAGUGGCCGCCAUUCUAAAACCGAACACGUGGCGGCGGCCAUUUUAAUUUAGUAGAACGCGGUCAGCGGUGCGUGCCACUGAAUCUAUGGAACUAAAAUCGGCAAUACAUUUGCACGAACACCGCUGACCCUUACCUUCUCAUGAACUUCGACGUUUCGGCUGGAAUCGAAGUACAUUCGACAAUUCGAACGCACUGUUAGACUGGGCUAUUUUCACGAACGGCCCUGUUUGUGCAUUCGAAUGAGACUUAGACAUUUUUCUGUGUGAAAAUUGUCAGUCAAAGGUGACAUAUAUAUCUCCCGAACGGCUGAACGGAUUCGAAUGAUUUUUGGGUAUGUUUGUAUUUGAAAUAUGCUGAUUAAUAAUAUGUGACUUUUUAAUUAAUAUUGGAUGUAUAGUUUUAGAGUUAUGAAAGUUGGGUAAAAAGUAUGUUUUAAACUGUACGGCUAAUUGUGUUAACUCUCAGGCUUAGGGGAGGAGAUGUGUGGGAUGUAACCAGAGUGUGAUUGGGUAAUUCAUAAUUGUCUGUGGGCGUCUCCCUUACACGGGAGAAUUGCAUAAAAGCAGAGUGUGCGUCAUUAAAAAUCUCAGUUCUUCUUCACCCCCAAUCUGAGUCCUGUCUCUUAUUCGGGGAAUCUGCUACAAGGGAUUGCUGUGCUCAUCAUACUCUCUUGCUAUAAUCACUGAGCUCUUGUAAGAGCUGUUCUGUUCCUGCAACUCUCUCCACCCACUGGAAGCUGGAUCCUAGCCUUGGGUCCAGGGUGGGUGGAGACGGCGAGACACUGGCGCAGCUGCAUCGCUGGAAGUGGGGUCUGCAGUGCUGAUGGUGUCGGUUGGAGUCCUUGGCGAGCACUAAGAGCAUCGAUUGGCGGAGAUACUCGGUCGGAGUGCCAGCGGUCCGUCACACUCUGAUUUUUACAAUCCUACAGAUUGAUGUAUGAUGGAUAUGGAUCUGAAACAUUGACGGUUUAAGGUGUGACAGGGAAACAAUUAAAGUGCGUCAGUGUGGUGCGAUAGCGGUUAAUGACUUAUUCACUGUUUAGUUUUGGAUGUAAGUGUGAUUGCUCCAUUGUAAAUGUUCAGUCAUAGCUUAGUACAUGGAUAUUAGUGGGCUGUGCCCAUGAAGCAUGCAAAUAUGUAGACAUCAUAAGAGGGACUAAAGCUUCCAAUGCUGGCAUAUAAUACAAUGUGUGCAGGGAGACAGGAACAGAGGACCUCCUUACACCAUAACCUUAUAGCCAGUUAUAAUACACUGUGUGCGGGGAGAUAGGGGAAACUCCUUACAUCAUAACCUUAUAGCUGCAGUUAUAAUACAAUGUGUGCGGGGAGACAGGGGACCUCCUUACACCAUAACCUUAUAGCUGCAGUUAUAAUACACUGUGUGCGGGGAGAUAGGGGAAACUCCUUACAUCAUAACCUUAUAGCUGCAGUUAUAAUACAAUGUGUGCGGGGAGACAGGGGACCUCCUUACACCAUAACCUUAUAGCUGCAGUUAUAAUACACUGUGUGCGGGGACACAGGGGACCUCCUUACACCAUAACCUUAUAGCUGCAGUUAUAAUACACUGUGUGCGGGGACACAGGGGACCUCCUUACACCAUAACCUUAUAGCUGCAGUUAUAAUACACUGUGUGCUUGGGAGACAGGGGACCUCCUUACACCAUAACCUUAUAGCUGCAGUUAUAAUACACUGUGUGCGGGGAGACAGGGGACCUCCUUACACCAUAACCUUAUAGCUGAAGUUAUAAUACACUGUGUGUGGGGAGACAGGGGACCUCCUUACACCAUAACCUUAUAGCUGCAGUUAUAAUACACUGUGUGCGGGGAGACAGGGGACCUCCUUACACCAUAACCUUAUAGCUGCAGUUAUAAUACACUGUGUGCGGGGAGACAGGGGGACCUCCUUACACCAUAACCUUAUAGCUGCUUACACAGUGUGUGGGGGGCGGGGUUAACCUACACCAUAACCUUAGAGCUGCAGUUAUAAUACACUGUGUGCGGGUAAGGGGACCUCCUUACACCAUAACCUUAUAGCUGCAGUUAUAAUACACUGUGUGCAGGGAGACAGGGGACCUCCUUACACCAUAACCUUAUAGCUGCAGUUAUAAUACACUGUGUGCGGGGAGACAGGGGACCUCCUUACACCAUAACCUUAUAGCUGCAGUUAUAAUACACUGUGUGCGGGGAGACAGGGGACCUCCUUACACCAUAACCUUAUAGCUGCAGUUAUAAUACACUGUGUGCGGGGAGACAGGGGACCUCCUUACACCAUAACCUUAUAGCUGCAGUUAUAAUACACUGUGUGCGGGGAGACAGGGGACCUCCUUACACCAUAACCUUAUAGCUGCAGUUAUAAUACACUGUGUGCGGGGAGACAGGGGACCUCCUUACACCAUAACCUUAUAGCUGCAGUUAUAAUACACUGUGUGCAGGGACACAGGGGACCUCCUUACACCAUAACCUUAUAGCUGCAGUUAUAAUACACUGCGUGCAGGGACACAGGGGACAUCCUUACACCAUAACCUUAUAGCUGCAGUUAUAAUACACUGUGUGCGGGGAGACAGGGGACCUCCUUACACCAUAACCUUAUAGCUGCAGUUAUAAUACACUGUGUGCGGGGAGACAGGUAACCUCCUUACACCAUAACCUUAUAGCUGCGGUUAUAAUACACUGUGUGCUGGGAGACAGGGGACCUCCUUACACCAUAACCUUAUAGCUGCGGUUAUAAUACACUGUGUGCGAGGAGACCUCCUUACACCAUGACCUUAUAGCUCCAGUUAUAAUACUAACGGGGAGACAGGGGACCUCCUUACACCAUAACCUUAUAGCUGCAGUUAUAAUACACUGUGUGCGGGGAGACAGGGGACCUCCUUACACCAUAACCUUAUAGCUGCCGUUAUAAUACACAGUGUGCUGGGAGACAGGGGACCUCCUUACACCAUAACCUUAUAGCUGCCGUUAUAAUACACUGUGUGCAGGGAGACAGGGGACCUCCUUACACCAUAACCUUAUAGCUGCAGUUAUAAUACACUGUGUGCAUGGGGAGACAGGGGACCUCUUACACCAUAACCUUAUAGCUGCAGUUAUAAUACACUGUGCUGUGAGACAGGGAACCUCCUUACACCAUAACCUUAUAGCUGCAGUUAUAAUACACUGUGUGCAGGGAGACAGGGGACCUCCUUACACCAUGACCUUAUAGCUCCAGUUAUAAUACUAACGGGGAGACAGUGGACCUCCUUACACCAUAACCUUAUAGCUGCAGUUAUAAUACACUGUGUGCGAGGAGACAGGGGGGACUGUGUUCCUUACACCAUAACCUUAUACCAUGCGGGGAGACAACCUUUACACCAUAACCCUGCAGUUAUAAUACACUGUGUGCUGGGAGACAGGGGACCUCCUUACACCAUAACCUUAUAGCUGCCGUUAUAAUACACGGUGUGCGGGGAGACAGGGGACCUCGUUACACCAUAACCUUAUAGCUGCCGUUAUAAUACACUGUGUGCGGGGAGACAGGGGACUUCCUUACACCAUAACCUUUUACCUGCAGUUAUAAUACACUGUGUGCUGGGAGACAGGGGACCUCCUUACACCAUAACCUUAUAGCUGCCGUUAUAAUACACGGUGUGCGGGGAGACAGGGGACCUCGUUACACCAUAACCUUAUAGCUGCCGUUAUAAUACACUGUGUGCAGGGAGACAGGGGACCUCCUUACACCAUAACCUUAUAGCUGCAGUUAUAAUACACUGUGUGCAUGGGGAGACAGGGGACCUCUUACACCAUAACCUUAUAGCUGCAGUUAUAAUACACUGUGCUGUGAGACAGGGAACCUCCUUACACCAUAACCUUAUAGCUGCAGUUAUAAUACACUGUGUGCGGGGAGACAGGGGACUUCCUUACACCAUAACCUUAUAGCUGCAGUUAUAAUUCACUGUGUGCAGGGAGACAGGGGACCUCCUUAUACCAUAACCUUAUAGCUGCAGUUAUAAUACACUGUGUGCAGGGAGACAGGGGACCUCCUUACACCAUAACAUUAUAGCUGCAGUUAUAAUACACUGUGUGCGGGGAGACAGGGGACCUCCUUAUACCAUGUUGUAGGAGCCAUCUGUGUAUUCUUAGAGUUUUUUUAAAUAAAAUACUCAAAAUAUGAAAACAGGAACAUGUCUGAGUAAAUGUGCAUGUACGCUGUGAGAUUUAUUCUGUAUUUGACUACACAUGCACUGGUUACAUUUUCUGUCGAUAUCUGGAUUCAUUUAGUACAUAAACAUGCCUCACUUAAACAAAACAAACGAUAAAAUAAUAUAUGGUGCCUGUUGAGAUGUGACCAGUUUAUUUUUGUUUUGUCCAGUGAACGAAGAGUGGCUCGAGGGGCACUGCAAUGGGAAAAUCGGGAUUUUCCCUAAAUGUUUUGCGACAAGAUUUGAGGACGAUUAGAUUAUUCUGAGGACCUUAUCAACUGCCACCACAAUCAAUAGUAACCAGAUCUAAGAAAGCCGAAGACGAACUGACCGAAUGGGAGAUAAAUUCUACAAGAUAAUUUGAUCCUUUAAAUUCUUUGUUUGGGUCUGUCUGUAAUCUGUAUCUCUGGGUGUUUUCUUAAUACACACCCAUUUAACACGGUUUGGUUUAUUGUGGGAAAGUAUUGCAACUAAGUAAUAUUUUCAAUUCAGUUAUCAUGGCCCAAAAUAUCCCGUCACACUUCUCAUCAAUUCCUACUUUAGUAUUAUCAGCAUUUAUAUAGCGCCAACAUAUUCCCCAGCGCUGUACAAUUAUAGAACGGUGAUAUCUGACAAGUACUUUACAUACAGAAUGUACGAGAGACGGGAUGAACAAGGACCUGCUCAAACCAGCUAACACUCUAUGAGUUAGUAGAUGAGCCACCCCGGGUUAUUCACUAAAUGGAGAACUGUUGUAAACACAAAACGAGUUUAAAAUUUAAGGCCAAAGUAACGAAAUUGGAAGCAUUGCUAACUUGGAGCAUUAUUCUAGCUCGACUACUUUGGCCUUAAAUUCUGACCGAACCAGAAAAAAAGUCUUUGUUUUCAGAAUGGCUGUUUUAGACUAAAAUUCCAAUAAUUGAAACAUUAGUUGAUAAUCCCGUGUAAAUCCAACACUGCCUUCUCAUUUCAGAUAAUAUCGGUUCACAAUAUUUUACUCUAUUUACAUUGACGCGUAAAAUUCAAAUCUGCGAGAUCUACAAUUACUGAGAUGUUUUAUUUAUUUAUUAUCAUUUAUUUGCUUAUAGAUUUUAGUUUAUUGUUCAGUGUACUUUUUAAAUAUUGUCAUACGUUUAUCUUGUUAUAAUGGAAUAAAUUAAUCAAUUUACUGCAGAAAACAGCCCAUUAGGUUUCCUGUGAAUGAAGGUUUAUAAUUAAACAAUAUUAUUGAUGUUGUCGUACUAUAUGUUAAGUUCACAGAUUAAGAAAUGAGGCACACACUGAGGGAAAUGGCCCCUGGUAAACAGGUACUGACUGUGAAUGCAAUUAAACAUGAUCUCUUACCAGUACUGUAAUCUUGCUGAUAUUUCAUGCAUGAGAGGAGAUAAAACAUUAGAGGGAAUUUUAUAAUCAACUACACAAGUCAUGUAGAUAAAAGAUGGUGUACACGUAGACUAGCCUUCCAGUGGAGCAGUAACGUGAUAUAGAAAGGGUAGUAGAUACCUGGAAUAGCCUUCCAGUGGGAGCAGUAACAGUGAUAUAGAAAGGGUAGUAGAUACCUGGAAUAGCUUUCCAGUGGGAGACCUAACAGUGAUAUAGAAAGGGUAGUAGAUACCUGGAAUAGCCUUCCAGUGGGAGCAGUAACAGUGAUCUAGAAAGGGUGGUAGAUAUCUGGAAUAGCCUUCGAGUGGGAGCAGUAACAGUGAUAUAGAAAGGGUAGUAGAUACCUGGAAUAGCCUUCCAGUGGGAGCAGUAACAGUGAUCUAGAAAGGGUGGUAGAUAUCUGGAAUAGCCUUCCAGUGGGAGCAGUAACAGUGAUAUAGAAAGGGUAGUAGAAACCUGAAAUAGCCUUCCCGUGGGAGCAGUAACAGCGAUACAGAAAGGGUAGUAGAUACCUGGAAUAGCCUUCCAGUGGGAGCAGUAACUGUGAUAUAGAAAGGGUAGUAGAUACCUGGAAUAGCCUUCCAG